AUGUCCGGAGAAGAAGAUUUCUACCUCUUUGAGAACAUCUCCAAGGUAGGGCCCUGGGAUGGCCCCCAGUACCACAUUGCCCCAAUGUGGGCCUUCUACUUCCAGACGGCCUUCAUGGGCUUCGUGUUCUUUGCCGGCACGCCGCUCAACGCCAUCAUCCUCAUCGUCACGGUCAAGUACAAGAAGCUCCGGCAGCCGCUCAACUACAUCUUAGUCAACAUUUCCUUCGCCGGGUUCCUCUUCUGCGUCUUCUCGGUCUUCACGGUCUUCCUCGCCAGUUCCCAGGGCUACUUCUUCUUCGGGAGGCACAUCUGCGCCCUGGAGGCCUUCCUGGGCUCUGUGGCAGGUCUGGUCACCGGCUGGUCCUUGGCCUUCCUUGCCUUCGAACGCUACAUUGUCAUCUGCAAGCCCUUUGGGAACUUCCGCUUCAACUCCAAGCACGCGCUGCUGGUGGUGGCGGCCACUUGGUUCAUCGGGAUCGGGGUCUCCAUCCCACCCUUUUUUGGGUGGAGCAGAUUCAUCCCAGAAGGGCUGCAGUGCUCCUGUGGCCCCGACUGGUACACGGUGGGGACCAAAUACAAGAGCGAAUAUUACACCUGGUUCCUCUUCAUCUUCUGCUUCAUCGUGCCCCUCACCCUCAUCGUCUUCUCCUACUCGCAGCUCUUGGGAGCCCUUCGAGCGGUAGCUGCCCAGCAGCAGGAGUCUGCCACUACCCAGAAGGCUGAGCGGGAGGUGUCCCGCAUGGUGGUCGUGAUGGUGGGCUCCUUCUGCCUCUGCUACGUGCCCUACGCGGCUCUGGCCAUGUACAUGGUGAACAACCGGGACCACGGCCUGGACCUCCGCAUGGUCACCAUCCCCGCCUUCUUCUCCAAGAGCGCCUGCGUCUACAACCCCAUCAUUUACUGCUUCAUGAACAAGCAGUUCCGCGCAUGCAUCAUGGAGACCGUGUGCGGCAAACCCAUGACAGACGAGUCCGAUGUGUCCAGCUCGGCCCAGAAAACAGAGGUUUCGUCUGUGUCCUCCAGUCAGGUCAGCCCCAACUAA